GUUAAUUGAAGAUUAGGAGCUGAAUUAGGCUGCCUAAAAUUUACACUUACAGACUAUUUGUUGCCGGUAGGUAUCAAAUUUAUUUAGAAAAUUAAUGUUAGAUGUUGAGAAGUUGCUAACUAACUUCCUUGAAUUCAGCAUCUCUAGCAAAUCUCAAUAAACUAUAUGAUAAUGUUUGUGCAGUACGUGAGUAUGUUACGGUGAUCAUCCUUCCAUAUCGGGAUUGGGAUGCGGGAAGAACAAGAAAUUAUUGUUUUUUUAUGAUUUAUGAAAAAUUUACAAAAGGACCAACAUGUAUAUUUUAGGGGAGAAAAGAGAAAAGAAGAAGAAAAAAAGCUCGUGUGUUUUGUGUCAAGGAUCUCAUCACCAAGGAAGUUUCUCCUUUCCGGUCAGAGUAAUGAUGGUCUCUAUGUCCUAUCCGAGUCUUCUGUCAUGCCAAUUCCUCAAGCUUUUUGGUCUCUUUGCCUCUCUGCGACUGUCGAUCUGUGGCAUCGUUGUUUGGGUCAUCCAUCCCCUCGCAUUUUAAAUUUGUCUGCCGCUGCAGAACAGACCAGUUCUGUAGCAGGUUCGCCGGUGUCUGCUGUGCCGACCAGGCCCUCCACAGACUCUCCAGCCGGCCUACAGCUUUGUGUAGAUCUCUCCGUGUAUCCUCUCCAGCAACUUCCAGGUAUGAGGUGUGGCAUAGUGCUAUAUGCGAGGAAAUUCAGGCCUCACGUGCUAAUAAAACUUGGACCUUGGUGUCGUUUCACCCUUUGAUGAAUGUUGUUGGUAAUCGGUGGGUGUACAAGAUUAAACACAGAGUUGAUAGCAGCAUAGAGAGGUACAAGGCGCGCCUAGUUGCUAAAGGUUUCACUCAGCAAGAAGGUAUUGAUUACUUUGAAACCUUUAGUCUUGUUAUCAAGUAGGCGACCGUCAUAUUAGUCUUCUUCAUUGCGGUUUCGUGUGAUUGGCAAAUUCAUCAGCUUGAUAUCCAUAAUGCUUUUCUCAAUAGCGUUCUUGAUGAAGAAGUCUACAUGAAACAACCUACAGGUUUUGUUGAUUCUGCUCUCCACUCUCAUGUAUGUAGAUUGCAUUAGUCUCGAUAUGGUUUAAAACAGGCUCUAUGGGCUUGGUACACUCGUCUGAAUGAUUUUUUGCUAUCAAUUGGUUUUCGUGUCUCUAAGGUGGAUACCUCAUUAUUUAUCUUC